AGAAAGCAGGCGAGCCCAGGCCCGCGCGGGGCCUUGUGGGAGGGCUUAAGGAAGUAAAAUGGCGGAUCUGGCGAACGAAGAAAAGCCUGCCAUUGCUCCUCCUGUCUUUGUGUUUCAGAAGGAUAAAGGACAAAAGUCCUCUGCAGAGCAAAAAGACUUGUCGGAUUCGGGAGAGGAGCCUCGGGGGGAGGCUGAGGCCCCCCACCAUGGCACGGGUCACCCCGAGUCAGCUGGUGAGCAUGCCCUAGAACCUUCUGCCCCCGCUAGUACUUCCGCCAGCACUCCUCCGCCUCCCGCUCCUGAAGCCCAGCUUCCUCCUUUCCCGCGAGAACUGGCAGGGGAAGAAGAAAAGACUCUUCCUUUGAAUCCAGAGGGGAUCCCUUGAGCCCUUUAUCUUUGUAUUAAGAAGGCUUUUGAAGAUUAUAGGUGGAGAAGAUUGAAGAUUAUAGGUGGAACUCUCAAGAACAAGAAAUGAAAUGUCUUGGGUUUUUGGAGUUUGAUAAAUUGGGAAAGAGAUCAGCCGGAGGCUCCAGUCCAGAAGGUGGAGAAGAUUCUGACCGAGAAGAUGGAAAUUACUGCCCUCCUGUCAAGAGAGAAAGAACAUCAUCUUUAACACAGUUCCCCCCACCACAGUCAGUAUCAAAAAACAAUGUCUUUAUGCCAUCAACCUUCUGCGAGUCAUCUGCAGGCAAUUCUGACUCAGAACCAGAGGAAAGGAGCAGUGGGUUCCGGUUGAAGCCACCAACCCUGAUCCAUGGCCAGGCACCCAGUGCAGGUCUGCCAAGCCAGAAGCCAAAGGAGCAACAGCGGAGCGUGCUUCGCCCAGCAGUGUUACAAGCCCCGCAGCCAAAGGCACUGUCCCAGACUGUCCCCAACAGUAGCACCAACGGGCUUAGCAUUCCAGCAGACUGCACAGGGCCAGCGCCAGCAGCAGCACCCGGAAACAUUGCACAGAGAAGUCUUUCUGAAUCUGCCGACGAGGCAUGCACACUUGAGGCUGGACACCCCUGGGAGCCGAAGCCAGUUUCCAUGCCGCAGGGUCUCCUGGCUGCCACUCCCAGUUCCCAGGAGAAAGAACCCCAGAAAAAUGAGUCUGGCAAUACUUAUGAGGAAGAAAACUGUGAGAAAAAAGAACAAGCUGCACAGCAGGCCUUUGUAUUUGGGCAGAACUUGAGGGACAGAGUUAAGCUAAUGAAUGAGAACACUGAUGAAGCUGACAUGGAAAACGCUGGACACCCCAGUUCAGAAAUGCCAACUGCAACAAACUAUUUCCUUCAGUAUAUCAGCUCCAGUUUAGAGAACUCGACCAAUAGUGCCGAUGCUUCCAGCAACAAAUUCGUAUUUGGCCAGAACAUGAGUGAGCGAGUUUUGAGCCCCCCCAAAUUGAAUGAGAUCAGUUCAGAUGCCAACAGAGAAAACGUGGUUGCCGAGUCUGGGUCCGAGUCUUCUUCCCAGGAGGCCACUCCUGAGAAAGCUAAUAACAUUUCAGAGUCCCUGGCCGAGUCAGCAGCUGCCUACACCAAGGCCACAGCACGGAAGUGUUUGCUGGAAAAAGUGGAAGUCAUCACUGGGGAGGAGGCGGAGAGCAACGUGUUACAGAUCCAGUGUAAGCUGUUUGUCUUUGACAAGACCUCACAGUCAUGGGUGGAGAGAGGACGGGGGCUGCUCAGGCUCAACGACAUGGCAUCAACCGACGAUGGGACAUUACAGUCCCGACUGGUGAUGCGAACCCAGGGGAGCCUGCGGCUCAUCCUCAACACUAAGCUAUGGGCUCAGAUGCAGAUCGACAAGGCCAGUGAGAAGGGCAUCCGCAUCACAGCCAUGGACACUGAGGACCAGGGUGUGAAGGUCUUCCUCAUCUCGGCGAGCUCCAAGGACACAGGCCAGCUGUAUGCGGCCCUGCACCACCGCAUCCUGGCCUUGCGCAGCCGUGCAGAGCAGGAACAGGAGGCCAAGAUGCCUGCCCCUGAGCCUGGGGUAGCCCCGUCCAAUGAGGAGGACGACAGCGAUGAUGAUGAUGUCCUGGCUCCCUCAGGGGCUAGUGGAGCUGGUGCUGGCGACGAAGGAGACGGGCAGACGGCUGGGAGCACAUAGCGGCUGGGCUAGCUGCACGCCAGGCUGCUGCUUUGUCCGUCUGUCUGCCCACCCACCUCCUCCCCGCAGGCAGCGUGGAGGGGGGCUGGGUGCCAAACCCCACUGGGUGGGCCACAGUCUGGAGCUGCACAUCCUAUUCAAAGCAGACUUGGAAACUGCCUGAAUGUGGUUUGGGACAUGAGACCUCAUCAUAUUGAUGAGCAAAACAAAAAAGAACAUUUCUUCCCUCCCCUCCUUUGAAUUGAAAUGGCACAUUAAGGCUUGUCACGGCUUCUUACUGGGA